CAGUCUCACACCCAAUAGGGUUAGGAAUAGGGUCUGUGAGCUUCUUUUGUGAAGACUUACUACGAAGAUUUGUUACUUUUUGAGGUUUUUUGGCGAAAAUUUAGGGUUUCAGUUUUGUUGAAUGGCUGCAAGGGCUGAAUGCAAAAGGGCAGAGUCAUUUCAUUCUGUGGCUCUGAAAAACUUGUAGGUUCUCUACAGGGUGCCCUGCUAUUCCAGCCCUAUACAACAAAUUUUUCCGUGUUUUCUCGGGAAAAUGAUGGCAUCAUAGUACGGGUUUUGUGCUUCUUGGGUUGUCUUCGGGAUGUGUUUUUUCCUCUCCUAGCUCCCCAUUUUACCUAUCCACGAACCCGCCUCCAAACGCCAUUACAUCUUUUUUUCCCCCUUGGAGUAGGCUAUUUCUACACGAUCUGUUUGGUAUGCUGAGAAAAAGGUUGGUAAAAAUGACACUUGAAUUUCCUAGAGUUUUUGUAUUUGAUGAAGAAUUUUCUUAUGAAAGAUUUUUCAGAGAAGUUCCUGUCAUCAAUGGGAUUGUCUCACAAAUGGUCUAAGGUUUUGUUCUUUUGUGCUAGAAAAAGAUCAAAGAGAGAGGCCUCUUGAGGCCUCAUAGAAGAUAUUAUUAAUCUUGAUAAAUCGAGAGAUUGAAAAUCGUUAAUAUGGAAUACUUUGACUCUUCAAAACCCAAUCUUAUAUCAGUCCCCGAGAGAGAAAGAGGGUUGAACCGUUGGGAUAUAUUUGGUUGUUUACAGUCAUGUGAAAUGCAAAACGGGGUUUUUGAGAAUGAUGGAACGGGGUUUUUGAGUUUGACACGAGGAAAAUGUCAGAAUUGUAGGUGGGGUUGGAAGGGGGGGUCUCCGCCACCGGUGGCGGAGCCAGCAGGUUAGAUCAGGGGUAGCCUUGAAACAAAUACGAGUUGUCAUUGUCAGGGGCUUUAGCCCAAUGGUGGGGCAAUGACCGGCCCAAAUUCGACGGUACUAGCUGGCUCUCUCCGCCCUCUCGCCUGCUGCCAUGUGGCCCCUAACGAGAGAGGCAAAUUGGAAAAAAAACAAAAAUUGGCCUUUAUUGACAUCUUCAGCAAAUUGAAAAAAAAAAAAAAAACGUAUUCCAACCUUAUAAUUUUCCCAUAUGUAAUGAAAAAACCUUUUACGAUAUUCCAAAAGGAAUUGGAAAAUUCUGAUGGUUAAAAUUAAUCACUAAGAACAUGGUAGGAGAUGAAAAUUUUCACUGAAUUUACAUUGUGAAACAAGGUUACGUCUCUGGGUCACACUCCAGAUCGCUACCCCAGACUCCAGUCUCCACGUGGCAGAUCGGCUUCCAAUAUUCCCAGGGCCAACGCAAUUAGGGCGGUUGGUGGGCCAAUGCAACGUCAUACAGCCGAGUAUGACUCAUAUUUUCCAUCAGUUCUCCCAUGAAAAAUAUAGGAUUUUUGGUCUCUCCUCUUAGUCUAUCAAUCCCAGCGUCACUCCUACAGGGCGUCCGUACCUACAGGGUUCCCUAAAAGUCUUCAACGACUAACAGUAGUACGCUACAGUCCACAGCCAACAAAUUUUGUAAGACCUGUGUUUUGGUUUAAUGUCUAUGAAGUUUCAUAGUUAAGGUUGCUUUCUUCCAUGGCAGCCAGAAUUGUCAGCUUCCUUCUUUUCUUUCUUGCUUUCGGAUUGCCCUAUUCACAUGGAGAAACUUGGAUUAAAGCUGGUUACUGGUAUGCCGGUAGUGAAUCUCCAAUUCCUGAUAUCAAUUCUGGGUUGUUCACUCAUCUUCUUUGUGCUUUUGCUGAUAUUAACCCUACCUCCUACCAGCUUUCUAUAUCUUCUUCUGAAGAACACUACUUCUCUACCUUUACCGACAUAGUCAAGCGUAGGAACCCUUCUGUUGUAACACUUCUGUCCAUCUGGGGAGGACAAGGGCCCACGGGUUUGUCCAUCUUGGGUGAAAGGGUGAACUCUUCCAUGGUGUCUUUGAUGGUUAGGCAGCCCUCUUACAGAAAAUCUUUCAUUGAAUCCGCCAUGAAAACAGCUAGACUUUACGGGUUUCAUGGCCUGGACCUGUUUUGGCUUUGGCCUAACACCGAGUCUGAUAUGAAGAAUAUGGAAGCCCUCCUGGAUGAGCUGCGGGCAGCUGUGAAAUUGGAGUCUAGAAAUUCUGGUAAGGCACCACUGAUAUUGACUAUGGCUGUUCAUUAUGUGCCAACUCUCUACUCAGUGAGCUACCACAUUGAGGCAAUACAGAGGAACUUGGAUUGGGCACAUAUUCCAGCAUAUGACUAUUAUUUGCCUUCAAGGGUGAACUUUACACACGCCCAUGCUGCUCUGUAUGAUCCAUUGAGCAAUGUUAGCACUGAUUUUGGUAUUAGGGAAUGGAUCAGUAAAGGGUUCCCUGCUAGUAAGCUGGUUUUGGGGUUGCCUUACCAUGGAUAUGCAUGGACACUUGUGAACCCUAACCACAAUGGCAUUGGCGCACCCGCUUCAGGUAUAGCCAUGACAGCAGAUGGAUCCAUGAGCUAUAAAUACAUCAAGUGGUUCCUUCGAAGUUAUGGGGCUACUUCAAUGUACAAUGCUACUUAUGUAGUGAAUUACGUCACUAUUGGAACAACUUGGAUUGGUUUUGAUGAUGUGCAGGCUAUCAGAGCUAAAAUUUCUUAUGCCAAGGAGAAGAAGCUACUUGGUUACAAUGUGUUCCAGGUUAGCAAUGACGACAAUUGGGCGCUUUCUCAGGCAGCUCAAGAUGAUGACAAAGAUCAUCACAAGAAGGAGGGAUUAUUGGUAAAAAUUCUGGUUCCAAUUGCUGUACUUAUUCUUGUAGCAGGCUCCAUAAUGUGUUGUUACUCACGAAGCAGAGUACUCAAAGCAAUAGGGACCAAGAAUUUAGGCAAAAUAUCACUACUUGAAGUAGGAAGCAAAUCAUCAGGUGUUGAAAAUUUUAACAGUAAUGCUCCUAAUCUGCGAGUAUUCAGUUUUGCUGAGAUCAAAGAGGCUACAAAUAACUUUUCCUUUGAAAAUAAGCUUGGAGAGGGUGGAUUUGGGCCUGUUUACAAGGGUAAAUCACAGAAGGGAGAGGAAAUGGCAGUGAAGAGGCUUUCGAAAACUUCUAAUCAGGGAGCAGAGGAGUUCAUAAAUGAGGUUACACUUACAGCCAAACUGCAACAUGUAAAUCUAGUUAGGCUUCUGGGAUUUUGCACGGAAGGAGAAGAAAAGAUGUUGAUCUAUGAGUACAUGCCCAACAAAAGCCUGAAUUUCUAUCUGUUUGAUCCUACUAGGCGCUAUCUUUUAGAUUGGACAAAGCGCAUCACCAUCAUUGAAGGGAUUACUCAAGGACUUCUCUACCUCCAAGAAUACUCCAACUUCACUAUAAUUCACCGGGAUUUGAAAGCUAGCAACAUUUUACUGGACAGCGAGAUGAAGCCCAAGAUUUCAGAUUUUGGCAUAGCUAGAGCUUUCCAAAAGGAUGAACAUGAGGCAAGCACAGGCCGGAUUGUAGGAACGUAUGGCUACGUUCCUCCUGAAUACGUUCGAAGAGGGAUAUACUCCAUGAAAUAUGAUGUUUAUAGCUUCGGAGUUCUACUCCUGCAGAUAAUUAGUAGCAGGAGGAAUUCAUGCACAUAUGGCUUGAGCCAAAACCUAAACCUUCUAGAAUAUGCAUACGAGUUGUGGAAAGAGGGAGAAGGCAUGAGGUUUAUGGACCCAUCACUAGAUGACUCUUCUUCGUCUUGUAAACUCAUGGCAUGCAUGCAAGUAGCUCUGUUAUGCAUCCAAGAAAAUCCGGACCAUAGACCAACAAUGUUGGAAGUGUCUUCAAUGCUCAAAAGCGAAACUGCAGCCAUGUCUGCCCCUUUAAGGCCUGCUUUUUCAAUCAAAAGUAAUGAAGAUAAAUUAUCAGUCAAUGAUGCCACCACUUCUUCGCAGCAAAAUAUAUUAUCAGUCAAUGAUGCCACCACUUCUUCGCAGCAAAAUAUAUUAUCAGUCAAUGAUGCCACCAUUUCUGAUUUGGUACCACGGUGAUGGUGCAGACUGUCCUAAUAUGAAGAAAUGAUAACUUGUGAUUUUGGGUAUCAUGUGUUGUUAUUAGCCUCAGCUCCCGAUAAGAUUGUAAAUGUUUAUUACUUAUUUAUUGUCACUUGUCAGUAAUAUAUGAUUUUCUGGGAAACCCGAGGUGGAAUUGGGAAUUCAAAAGGCGUAAGGAUAGGGUUGGACUAA